AUGUAUCCACAUUAUUUUAAACGAGAUAUAAACAAACUACAAAUAUAUAUUCACCGACGUAAAAAUCGACCAGUGAUUGAUUAUAAAACAUUGUUACGAGGUACAAUUAGUUUAAAGGUAAUUCAAUGUCCUCAAAGUAUUGAUUAUAUACAUUUAUAUAUGAAUUCAAAUGAAAAGAAACAGCAACACUAUUUAACAGCCGUUGAUAAUCAUAAUGCACAAUACUAUCAAACGACAUCGGAUGUAGCGACAGAACUAGGGCAGACUACUGGCAUUCGUAGUGACAAAAUAAAAAGAUGGGCGACAACAACCACUCAUACACAACAAAUGAUGUCCAUAGGAAGUGGUCAAAUUGAGGUAGACAAGAAUUUUGGUGAUUAUGUAGAUAAUGAUAAGAACCCGUCUGAUAUAGACGAUAACAAUUUUGCAUUUGGAAAUGAAAAGAAGAAAUUUAUUAAUCCAAUUACUGCACAAUCGAAACAAGUUACCUUAGUUCGUGUUGUUUUUCUUGGAAAUGAUGUGUUUGUUAAUUCAUUUUUACAAUCUUAUGUUGAGUGUUUAGCAAGUAAACCAAAAGAAUGGAUGGCUUAUUUUCGAUUUGAUUUUAUACCAGUAGGUGCAUCAUCGUCAUUCGAGCUAAGUGGCCAACAACAAUUACUGGAUGAAGUUCCAUUAUCAAUAUUUUCAUAA